UUGGCGUCUUUCCGGGUUUGGGUUAGUCCUGCUGGUGAGACGGCGGGACCCGGGACAGGAGCUUGGAAUCAGAAAUGUAACAGUGAUGGAUAAGUGAGUUGUUGUUUUUUUCACGUACGUGUCCACUUCCGCCAUCAUGUCCAGGCAGAGGACGGCCAAGAACGUCAUCAUUGCAGGCGAUGAGGAGGUGCGACAUGAGGAGAUAAACCCGUUCUCCUUAAGGGAGUUUCUACGCUGGAAAGACCUGGACCUGGACCAGGACAAUCAGGCUCACAGCCAGGAUAUUUUUAAUGUCGGGACCUCGACCUUUGACCCUGACAAUGGAGUCGGGUUUUUUUGCGAGUCUUCUGUGGCACCACAGGAAGAAGAGGAGGAUUGGGGGCGGAGCUUCCAGUCUGGCGUAGACAGCACUUCCUCCCUCCUCACAGAGGAGGAUGAUGAUGAAGAAGAGACAAGGUUCUCCUCCAAACCAGAUGUCCACCAGAAAGGUGGAGGAGAGAACUACGAAGGAGACGAUGAGACCUCAAUGGCCGAACCAGGCACCUCCUGCAGGAGGAGGAGUGGGAGGAGCAACCAAAUACAACAGUUGAAGGAGGAGAACCUGCUGCUGAAGAGGAGCAUCCAUGAACUGCAGAGGAACUCAGAGGCCAAUGAACGCAGGUUGAUGGAGCUGUCUGAGGAGCUGCUUCACAGGAGGCGUAGAGAGGAGAAGGAGGCACAGGACCUAGAGAGCAUGGUCCAGUCUGUGGAGCAGAACCUCCACCUGAUGACGAAGCGAGCACUGAAGGCUGAGAACACUGUUGCCAAACUGAAGGCGGAACUUCUGCAACUGCAGGUGGAAGUGGAUUCUCUGCGGUCCGAGAACCACAGUCUGAAGUUAGAAGAGUCUCAGGCCAUCGUGACCAUGAGACAAAAUGCACAGGUGGCGUCUGAAUACCUGAAUAGGACGGCAGUUAACGCCCACACCUACAUACGGCAGCUGUUGGGAGAAGCGGAGACACUCCAUUUGGUUUCCCAGCUUCUUCAGUCCAUUGACAAGAUAUCAAACAUCAACCCAGAGUCCUGAGCCAUUUCAGACCAUCCACUCCUCCACCAGUCCUGUAGUCAUGAGGCCGUGGUUGCCAGAGGAAAGGACCAUCCCAAUCAUGGACUGAAGCUUUGACACCCUCUCUUCCCAGAAGUUGGAGGAACACUAGUUCCUGAUUGGCUGGUUGACUGGGCAGUGUCAAUAUCCUGUGGACAGACUGAAACCAAUAUGAGGGACACCAUGUGUCGUGUGUUGUUUGUAAUGCAUCUGUGAAGAUUUUGAAGUAAACACUUUUGUCCUGGAAUUAAGACAAA